AUGAUGGUUGAUUGCUGCGUUAUUUUGCUUACCUUGCUAUUUCCGCCUCUUGGUGUGUUGAUGAUGUUUGGAUGUGGUGCUGAUCUUUGUAUCAAUCUAUGUUUAACAUUUCUAGGCUAUCUUCCAGGUCAUAUCCAUGCAUUUUAUUUGAUGGUUACUCGACCGAAUAAACCUCCUAGACAAAGUAUAUAUCAGCAAGUGCCACCAUCUGGCCCUCAAAGUAGACCUCCUCAUGGCUAUUCGUAUGGACCUCCACAGCCCUACUCUCCAGGCCCAUCUCAAGGCUAUGCUCCACCUCCACAAAGCUACCCUCCCGCUCCACAAGGGUAUCCUCCCGCUCCACAAACCUACAAGCCAAGCCCAAACAAGAAUGAUUCCUCUUUUAGCAGCCAGCAAAAUCCUCAACAACCUCCACCCCCUUACAAGUAA